GAUCGAUUUCAUUCUGUAUUUGUUUGGAUUAUCUUGCACAUUGAUUAUUCUCUGUGUGUGUGUGUGUGUUUAUUCUAUAUCGUCUGUUCACUUGAUCGAAAACAUCCGUAUCAUACAGGAUUAGGUGAAAUUUUUUCUUUCUUUCUUUCUGAAAUUAAUUUCAAUCGAAUAAAAACCCAUCGUUUGAACUUGAACAAUAAUGAGUGAAAGUGAAUCCGUUGAUAUUAAUACAACGUUAUCCGUUAAAUUACCUACAUCCGAACAAACCGAAACAAACACAAUGGAAUCAACAAGCGAUUCAAAUACUAUCAGUUCCAAUCUAGAACGCGAACAAAGAAUUACAGCCCAAUCAGAUUUGGAACAAGUUAAACAAAUUCUUAAAACUAAUUUUAAAGAUGAUCCUUCAUUGGAAGAUAAAUCAUCAUUUUAUCCAUUACAACAGAAAGCACAAUAUAUGUCACCAACGGUUACGUUAAGUGCCGAAAGCAAACGCAUUGUACGACAAGCUCAAGCACCGAUUCUACAAGCUAGUUCUCGUGUUGUUCAUUUCCUUUAUGAGGCAAGAAUUGAAGAACUCGAAGAAGAAUUAGACAAAGAACGAAAAUCAAGAAUUAAAGCCGAAAAACAACGAACUGAUUUAACUAGAGAAGUUGAUGAAUUGCAUAAUCGUUGCGAUGAAUUAGACAAUCAAAAUGCAUUAUCAAACGAAGCAGUUCGACGAUUAGAAGCUGAAGUCAGCAAAUUACGACGAGAAUUGGAAACAUCCAAUGUUAAUCACGAAACCGAAGUAUCAUCGUUACGAAGACGAAAUACGGAUAUACUUAAUGAAACACAAGAACAAAUCGAUCAGAUAAACAGAGCAAAAUCCAAGGCCGAAAAAGAUAAUGCAAACCUUACGGUUCAGGUAUCCGAUUUGCAAGCACAAUUGGAAAAUGCACGAAAAAUGCAGUCCAAUCUUGAACGACAUAAUAAACAAUUGGAAUUACAAUUGAAAGAAGAGAAAAAGAAAUAUGAAGAUGCACAACGUAUCAUACAGGAUACGGAAGCAUCGAAAAAGAAAAUUGAAUAUCAAAAAUUGGAAGCAGAAAAACAAUACCAAGAAGCACAAGCACAAUUGGAAAGUAUUGAAAAGAUUAAGGAUCAAUUGAAACGUGAAUUGGAGGAAGCGAAAACACAAGUUGCUCAUGAAACACAGGAGCGCCUUGCUAUUUUAAGCAAAUAUCGUAACCUCGAAAUCGAAUUGGAAGGUGCACGAAAAACAAUUGAAGAUGAUGAAACAAUUAAAAGAAAUCUUCAUAAUCAAAUUAGCAAAGCUUUGGAAGAAGUUCAACAAUGGAAAGCUAAAUUUGAAAGUGCUGGUUAUGUACUUCGUGAAGAAAUGGAAGAAAUGCGCAAGAAAAUGACCAUCCGACUUCAAGAAGCUGAUGAUCACAUUGAACAAUUGAAUAUUAAGGUUUCCGGUUUAGAAAAGGCCAAACAGAAAUUGACUGAAGAAGCUGAAGAAUUAGCUAAUGAAUUGGAACAGACGAGAGCAUUAGCUGUAACAUUGGAUAAAAAGGUGAAAGCUUGUUUGAAAGAAAUUAUGGAAUGGAAACAACGAUGCAGUGAUUUGGCUAAUGAACUUGAUGCUUCGCAGAAAGAAUGCCGCAAUUAUUCAACCGAAUUAUAUAAAUUGAAGUCUGCAUUCGAAGAAUUACAAGAACAACACGAAUCGGCCAAACGUGAAAAUAAAAAUCUACAGAGUGAAAUCAAAGAUCUUUUGGACCAAUUAAGUGAAAGUAGUCGUCAAAUUAAUGAUUUGGAAAUGACACGAAAACGAUUGCAAAUGGAAAAAGAAGAGUUACAAAAUGCAUUGGCAGAAGCGGAAACUGCUUUAGAAAUGGAAGAGAACAAAGUCUAUGCUGCUCAACAGGCAUUAGAACAAGCUAAAAUUGACCAUGAUAGGCAUAUUCGUGAAAAAGAAGAAGAAUUUGAAGGUGUUCGCAAAAAUAUGCAAAAGACUUUAGAUCAGAUGCAAGUCAGUCUUGAACAAGAAGCCCGUGGUCGUGCCGAAGCAUUGAAAGCCAAAAAGAAACUUGAAAGUGAUGUCGUCGAAUUGGAAAUGGCAUUGGAUGGUGUUAAUAAACAAUUAUCCGAAGCACAAAACUUUAUUCAUAAAUUACAAGAUAAUAUUAAAGAUCUUCAACAUCAAUGUGAUCGAGAACGACGUGAAAAAGAGGAAGCACAAGAAUUAUAUGCUGCUUCUGAACGUAAAUGUCAUGCAUUGCAUAAUGAAUUGGAUCAAACAAGAACAAUGUUAGAAUUAUCUGACCGUAAAUGCCGUAAUCUAGAAAAUGAAUUGGGUGAUUUGAAUGAAUUGAAUCAAGAAUUAAAUGGAAUGAAUGCAGCAUUGUCGAAUUCCAAACGUAAAUUAGAAGGUGAACAUCAGAUUUUAAAAUCGGAUCUUGAUGAAACAUUGAAUGAAUUGAAAUUGUUGGAUGAUAAAUGCAAAAAAGCCAUUAUGGAUGCUGCUAGAUUAGCCGAUGAACUUAAAGAGGAACAAGAUCAUGCACAAGCGGAAGAAAAAAUGCGUAAAACAUUGGAAGAACAGGUGAAAGAACUACAAAUUCGAUUGGAUGAAGCUGAACAAGCAGCCAUGAUUGCUGGCCGUAAAACUAUUGCCAAACUUGAAGCUCGUGUUCGUGAAUUGACACAAGAAUUAGAAAGUGAACAAAGAAAAUAUGCCGAAUCAUCCAAAAAUCUACGCAAAGCUGAUCGAAAGAUUAAAGAAACGGAAUUCGAAUUGGAUGAAAUGAAAAAGAAUACCGAACAUCUACAAGAUUUAGCUGAAAAAUUAAGCCAAAAAUGUAAAGCAUACAAAAGACAGAUUGAAGAAGCUGAAGAGAUUGCAGCAUUGAAUAUGGCUAAAUAUCGUAAAUUGACGCAAGAAUUAGAAGAAGCCGAAGAUAGAGCUGAUAAUAGUCAAACUAAUCUGGCUAAAUUACGAGCAAGAACACGUGCUAGUUCAUUUGUACAGCCAGGUGGAUCACGUCGAUCGACUAGUCCGAUGCGAUUGGAUACGAUGAAAUUGGAAUCGGAAUUAUUUUAAAAUUUAAAAUUUGUUUUUUUAACGGUUCGAAUGGCUUGCGCGCAAUAAAUCAUUUAUAUUAAACAAAAUUCAGCAAACAUCAAACAAAUUGGAAAUUCAGCAAAUACAAAAAAUUUACAAUGAACAAUCCUAUAGCUACAGAAAAA